CCAACCGCAAAACCAACACGAAAUAUCAAUCACGGCAUCCCCGUCCUUUCCCCCCCUUCCUAGGGACUCUCUACCAUUGAUGCCACGGCCACUGCCAGCAGCUGGUAGGGAUCUGAUCGCACUGCGAUUAUGGUUUAUUGAGAGACCUGCGGUCCCAACUCGAAUAUGGGAGAAAUAUGCUAUACCACCAACGAUUAUACGGCCGGUAUCAACGUGGCAUCUGACGUUGGGGAUCAUGAAUUUAGAAGGACCGGGAAAAGUGGAGGAGGCCGUGCGGCUACUGGAGCGCAUACGGGACGAGAUCGUAUGGAUCAAGGACGAAGGCCUCAAAAACGCUACCUUUGCGUCACCAUUAUCACCCAUAGAACAAGACGAAGGAUACAAACCACUGGAAGUCCUUUUCAAAGGCGUCAAGACCAAGCAAACCGCCAAACCUGACCGCGCCAGAGCUUUGUACACCACACCGGUCUACCCAACUCCCGAAGACUUCAAACACCUCGUCACCCUCAACGCCGUCACCGCCCAUAUCCGCUCAAGGCUUAUGAGAGCUGGAUUCCUCCUACGUGCAAAUCCAAGGUACAAACUCCACCUUACACUCCUCCACACCAAGCGCAGAUCGGGGCCGGUGCAACCGCUGUUACGUCCACCAAACCAGUCUACACCCCUGCCAUUUCGGAAACCACGAUGGGAUAUCAGCAACACCAUUCCGCGGCCGCAGCCGCUGGUAUCAAAUCGAAAACAAGAACAAGCCCAAGCGCUGCCCGACCCGGGGCAAGUACGGUCUCAUGAAGUUGGAGUUACAACGACAAAUCCAGAGAAGAGACCAAGCGACUCGACGGAACCCAACGCAACAUCAAACGACUCACCAACAGACCCACUGUCCAUCCCCAGACGACCCUUCCCCGGCUCCUUCGACGCAAGACCUCUCCUACAAGAAUUGUCCUCGCAUGAAUUUGGUCGAGCGAGGAUUGAUCGGGUUGAAAUUUUGAGACACGAGGAGGAGCCUCUAGGAGACGGUGAGGGGAAGAGGGAGGGGGCAGAAUGGAUGGCAAUGUAUAGGAGUGUUGGAGGGAUUGAUAUAUGAGCAUUGAGCGUGUGGGUAGGAGAGGAGGAGUCAUGCAUGAUCGAUAGCUCGGACGGGGCGAUCGUGAUGCCCUUCACCAAUGAGCUAAUGUUCGAGCGGGAUGGACUACUACUGAUAUUUGUGGUACCUAUUCUAAAUAUCUAACAAAUAUUCAGCAACCGGAUUGCUGGCCUUGAUUGCUUGAUGAAGAAAGAUGACGUUUGGGGCGAGGACUGAAGAACAUUUGCAUGGAGGAAAACGAAGCCAGAGCUGCAUUCGAGGACGACAUGGGAAAAAGGUCAUUGCCAUAUUGGGGUGUACGUUUAGAGCAGAAGGUAGACAAAGUAAAACAGUUCGCGCUCCAC